UAUGCAUGCAGCUAUAAACUUGCUGCAAUCGGCAGAUAAUCACGACCGAAAUCAGUUGCUCUUGCGAAACUGCGGUCCAAGCGGAAAUUCAACACAUUCUACAAAUUUCUAAUCCUUUUCAAAAGGAGGAAUUGGAUUAGAUGCCACAGUUUGGUCCAGUGUUCCGUGCCUGUAAUAAUUAUAGAUAUAUUUUAGGUAUGAAAGGCAGCAGUUGAUGUAACCAAAGAGAGCAGAUUGCUGUUUCUUCAACUAUAGUGUGCAGAGGGUUUACCUCUGCCCACUGAUAAGGUCGGCAAGAUGGCCGACCGAUUUAACAGGCAGAUGCGGGUGGACGAGAAGAUGCUCUUUCUGAUGAAUUCUCCAGCCUAUAUGCUGCAUACAAUACAAGAGCCUUUCUUUCGGAGCACCAUCGACGACCUUCAGAAGCUGAGCUAUUCCUUCCUCGACGAGAAGAGAUGGAUGGAAGCCGGAGACUACCUCACCCAGGCUCUGAUCCUCUUCGAUUACAUCAAGAAGGCUGGAUACCAGAAGAAAGAUGACAGCCAGAGGGAGGAGAACACCCUCCUCCUUCGUGCAGCCUGUGGGCUCAAACUGGGUGCAUUUGACGUAUCUUACAAGGAUGCCUCAAGAGUUUUGGAGAGUAGUAUAGACAAUCGGCAUGCCCAGGAAAUCAAAACCUUAGCCGAGGGGGAGAUGUCACUCAAUGAAAACCGACGCUCUGGCAUGUCAUUUGCUCUGCGGGGAAGGAUGGAGAAAGUUCGACGAGAGAUUGAAAGACUUUCAACAAAACCUUUCCAGUGGGAUAAGAGCCACAUUGACCGAUUGAGUGUACAACUGGAGGCCAUCCUAGGACCUAAGCCAGAAGCCAAGCCACCUACCAUGUCCUGGGCAGGGGCAGUGGGGAGCCAGCCCAGAGCUGCUACCCCAGAUCCGCCUCGAGGGCCACAGCCUGUGGACAAGGGCUGGUUGCCCAAGCACGCACUACCCAAACAGCAGCAGCCACAGAAACCACCGAAAGGAAAGAAGAAGGGGCGAUCUAGGAGACAGAAUAGACCUAGGAGGGAUGUGGAGGUCGCUUAUUCUGAGCAGGAUGAUGAUGAUGAUGAUGAUGACGAUGAUGAAACCGACUCGGAGAUCAAUACCAGUGGCUCUACAAGUUCAUCCCCGGGAAGUACACCCGAGAGAGGAGCAGACAUUGCUGGACUAGACGACUUUGGAGUUUCUCCACCUGGAUCCAAGUCUAAUAAAUCCAAAAAGGCACACGAAGGCCUAACUGACCUGGAUGUCGACUUGGGAUACAGGACACCCAAUUACAAACGCAAACCUCCACAGGGAGUAGCCAAACAUGCUCAGACCCCGCAAACCAGUGUGCAGCGGUCAACUAUGAACGGUCAGCGGCCAGCAGUGAAUGGUCAGCGGCCAUUCCCCGUCAGCGGAGCCAUCCCCAAGGCCUCCCCUCAGGUGCCAAAACCCCAAGGCCAAGCCGUCGUUGCUACCUGCCCCCCACCACCAAAGAUAUCCCAAGAGACACACCGGUGGUUGGGCGGUUAUGAGUUUAGACUCGCUUGCGAGGCAUGCUAUACUCAAGUGCCACAUCAGUAUGGGCUCUACUCCUUCAGGCUGAACAGGAAUCCCAAUCACAAGCCUGCCUGUAGGGGUGGCAUGCUGGUGUGCCGUCUACAUGUCCCUCCCAGAGAUGGUGUGAAGGACGUCUACGGACGUAUCCGUCCUCGCGUAAAGCAAGACUUCAAGGGGAAAUAUGCCCUUUGUCAACAGUUUGCUACCGGAAUACCAUGCAAGAUAAGUACAGCGAGCUGCUGGUUUCCUCACAGCAAUGUAGAGAUGGAAGUAUGGGAUGCAGACAGGAAUGGCCACUUCAACGGUAAGGAGAUCGUCACCUGGUUGCGUUAUCAAGAGUUCAAGCUCAAUCAAGAGAUCAAUGAGAAGAAGAGACAGCAAGCCAUCGCCCAGGGCAGGAUUACUAACCAGAACCCACCUGCCAAAGCUCCAGGAGCAUAUCAAAACAGGGCCCCUAGCCCUGCGGGAGGGGCACCACCACCAGGGGGUUAUCCUGGUAAUACCGGUAGUCUUCAACCUCCUGGGGCGUUUCCGUACAACCAGAAAGGUGCGCCGGCUCCAGGGGCGUUCCCUCAUGCUACGUUGCAGGUUAAUCAGAACGGGUUCCAACAGCCACCUGCUGUGAUCCGUACAGCGCCCCCAAUGUCACCUUCCCCUGUCCCACAGCAGUCUCAAGGAUCUCUGUUGCAUCCAGCAAAUAAGGUCAUCGAUCCGCAGACAAGGGGAAAACUCACCAACCUCAUCAAGAACCUUGGGGGUCAGUUCCUGUACCUAUGUAGGUUCUGCUUCGAUGAUGCCCCCCAGGUCCUCAGUGUCCAGAAUAGCUCAAACCCGGACAUAUGCACGGGGGAAAAGAGCCACAAGUGGAACGGCCCCAAUCGAUGCCUUGUUCACCGGCUGUGCCAGGGGGGCCGGGAUCGCUACUGGAAGAUACGGAAGCGACCCAAUGGAAUUCCACCCAAGGCAUUCCUCUGCUGGCAUCGCGACAAGUCUUAUGGGUGCCCUACUGGAGCCAAGUGCAGUUUUGCCCAUAAUGAGAUUGAGACAUGCCUCUGGUUGUAUGAGGCUUACCAGCCACUGGAUCGUGAGAUGCUUGUGCGUCUCAGCCAUGAAUUGAUCUACGGUCCCUCCAUUCCAGUUGCCCCAUCCCCAAUCAAGCCUGCUUCAGCUGCUGCUCCAUUACAGAAACCAAUGGCUCCACCCCAGCAACCUCAUGGACCAGUCUUUCAGUAUACAAUCAAGGUUGCAUGUGGUCUCUGUUACACCAAGACCAGGCAGCUGGUUGAGCAGAACCCUCGCAAGCGCAACCAAUGCUCUGGUUCCACGGGUCAUCAGUGGGGCAAGAACCCAAUCUACUUCUUGGACCCCUCCAGCCACGGCCGAUGGGUACAGGUCUACCCCCGCCACCCCCGUCUGCGGCCUGAGAUAGAGCCGGUCCUCUGCAAGAGGGCGGACAGGUGCCAGUUCAGGGAGAUCCACAGCAACCAGUGCAUGUUCCCUCACUCGGCCGUAGAGCGCCUCUUGUGGAUAUAUCAGGUCAAGGCCAAAGCCAGGACCAUUGAAGAAGUGGUUGCCAUCCAGAAGCAGGCCGCUGCAGGCACCAACAGCACCCCCAACGCUGGAGGAGACGCCAGAGCCGCAUCGGCUGCGGGCCCAGCCAGGCCAUCAAACGUCCCUCAGCAGAUGAUGACUAGCCACUACCUGUGUUCCUACUGCGACAAGCCCUUCCGUACCAAGCAGAAUUACGAUGAACACACCAACUCCAUGGAGCAUAAAAUGAGGAUCAAGUCCGAUACAGAGCGCUCCUGGAAGUACAGAAGCCCUCCACUGAAUGUCACAAAUGGACAGUACAAGCUUUGUCAGAGAAACCUGAAGAAACUAUGCAACUACUCCGGCGUGGUGCAGGAGCGUAAUGACUGCGCUGAGGCACACAGUCAAGAGGAGCUGGAGGAAUGGAAGGAAAGGCACGAGUAUCGCAUGAUGAAGAUCGCCAAGGCCAAGGAACAGAGACUCUACUCCUUUGUGGAUGAGCUCCUUGCCGAGUACAACCAGUCUUCUAAUGCAGAGUAUGAAGUGAUGACAGAGGAGAUUCCUGGGAUCAGUACCAAGUGUUCCAAGGAUAUGAAGGCUAUACAUCCAGUCAAAGAAAGAAAACACGGUGAAGAAAUUACAUUCCAAUGGGAGUUUGAAGUGCAGUCAGCAAGGAAGUCGCUAAGGAGAGUUGGUCUUCUUUAUGACGAGCAUCGCCUACACUUCCAUCUGUCGCAACCUGGCGAUGAGGACCGCCCUCAAGUGUGUCCCGGAGGUCUGAUAUCUGAACUUGGUGGUACAUCCUACAAAAUCAAGAUCGAGUUCCACACCCACAUCUUGGGUCUCUUCCAUCAGUGGGUUGUCUUUGACUUUGGUGAGAAGCCAGUGUUGGUGAGGAAGAUCUCCAUCCACGUUGGAUCAUCCAAUGAGCUGGAGAAGUUUGCUAAACAGCAGCAGACCAGAGAGAAGAUCAAGCUAUGGGACAGCGGUAACAGUCAGAUUGUCAAGUACUCCAAACCAGAAGUCCAUGAAUGGGAAAGACAAUUGAUUGCUCAAUACAAGCAGCCUACCACCCUGUCUGGUCUGGAGGAUGAACAGACUGAUCACAGAUUGAAUGAGGAGAACUACAAGCUUCACAUGCAUCGUAUGCUGCACCUAGAAGAACUAGCAUGCAUGGAAAGACUCUUAAGGUACAGCACUGCUUCCGGGAUGUGCCUCUCCAACCAGGCUGAAAUGGGGUACCCCUACGGCUCUCUUUAUGCUUUAAAUGGAGAACUGUAUGGCACCAUCAAGAUCGAGUUACCCUUGUUCGACGACUCAGAGACAUCGCAGAUCGUCAGGGAGAGUGUUUCUCAGGUCCUGCUCAAAUUCAAUCAAGAAUCUGACAUGGUCUAUGAGGCAAUCCUCAUGAAGAAUGCAAUGUCCAAAGACCAAUCAGACGACUUGGUCUGUGUCAAGCUGAGUGCCCAGUGUGUGCAGGAGCAGAACCUGAUGUCCUUUGUGAACUUCAGCGGGAGCAACGCAGAAACUAAGGUUGUACCAGUGGUCAUCCAGUUCCAGCUUGACCGUAUCAACUUUGUCUACCAGCACCAUGCUGUGGAUAACCUGAGCUGUAUGACCGUCCUCUUCCCGCCGUAUCCCCAGGAGAACAAGUUUGAACGUGUGGCCUGGAGAGAUGUGGAGAGCAAUGAAGAGAAGAUGAACCCUAGGCAAGAGAAGGCAGCACGAUUCAUCUGCGAUGCCGGAGGUCUCCGUGGCAACAGCCAGUUCCGCGGCAAAGGUCCUGUGAUCAUAUUUGGACCAUUUGGCACAGGCAAGACGUACACAAUGGCUAACUCUGUAAAGCGAACGAUGAUCCUUAGAAAUGAUUCACGCAUCUUGAUUUGUACAAGAUCCAACAGUGCGGCUGACCUGUACAUCACAGAGCACUUAGACCAGUUCUGCUGCGAGUCUCCAGGGUUGGUCUACAUGGUGCGUAUGUACGCAAUCAUUCGCUCGAAGGCUACAAUCCAUGAAAAAGUCAUGAAGUAUGUCUUGAAAGACGAGGAAGGGAACCUGCGACACCCGUAUGACCAAGAGCUAAGCGACUGGGCCAGUUAUGCUAAGACGCAGACCGAAGGCAGCCGUCGAACACCCAACAUCGUCAUCGCAACCUUGCAUACGGCUGUGCACCUGACCCGCAACAUGGACCUGAAGGAGUACUUCACCCACAUCAUCAUUGAUGAGGCUGGUCAGGUUAGGGAGACGGAGGCCAUCAUUCCCCUUCAGCUGGCCACAAAUGACACCUGCGUUGUGCUGGCAGGGGAUCACAAGCAGAUAAGCCCCAAGGUCUACUCCCCUCGUGCACGCAGUGCCAAGUACAAUGAUUCUCUGCUCCAGCGACUGUUCACCUACAGUCGCUACCACAAGUGCUUCUUUGAUCUCCUUCUGACCCACAACUACCGGUCCUGUCGAGAAAUCCUGGACUUCUUGGCCUCGUACUACACUGUUAAACUGGAGGCCCGGGGUACUCACCCAAGACAUCCCCUUUUCUACCCUCUCAACUUCUACGUGGUGAAGGGAGAGGACAGGCUGAUAGGAACAUCCUUUGUGAAUGGAGAGGAGAUGCUGGAAGUGGCCUUCAGAGUGGAGGAUCUGUAUCAGAACUGGCCCCCUGCCUGGGGUCCAUUGGACGAUGAGAGCAUAGCAGUUCUGACCCCGUACACCCUCCAGGUGCACCUGAUACGCAAAGAGCUGAGGCGCAGAGGUUUGGGACAGAUCACUGUGGACACUGUACAGAAUGUGCAAGGAAAGCAGUUCCGGGCUGUGGUCAUAAGUACAGUCCGUACCAGAGAGACUGUCAACAAGGCUCACAUCACUGCUAUUCCACAAGCAUCUGGAAAUCAACAAGAGAAUGAGUUCUACUAUGCCUUCUUGUCUGACGAGCGCCUUCUCAACACGGCGUUCACCCGUGCCAAGUCGAUGAUCUUUGUCGUAGGGGACCCAGUGGCACUCUGCUCCGUUGGAGCCUGUCAAAUGACCUGGGUGCGGUACGUGCAGGAGUGUCAGAAGAACAAUAGCAUCAUGCCACCAGAGAUGACUGUGGAUAUGAUUCAGGAGGAGAUAGCGGCUGCAAAGCAAAGGCUUAAUCCCACAGCUGCCACCUUUCAACCACGCAAGGGAGCAUCAUCAGCAAGAACAUCCAAAGCAGCUGCUGCUGCCGAUCAUGUAGGUGCAUCUCCGUCCCGAUGGACUGGAGAGAAUAGCAUAUGGGGCAAGUCUGCACGGAAGACUCACGCUGACAAGUCAGCAGCAGCAGCAGUCCCACGAAGAGCAGUCCCAGGAUAUCAGAGACUGAACAGUGAUGAAUUCCCAGAACUACCUGAGGUGAAUCAUGUGCAAAACCAUGUUCAGAGCCCCUUGCAUGAAUCAGAAGAGGAGGAUGAGUUUGAGGACAUUGUGACAAACAUCCAAGACGAUGAUCUUCUGGAAGAGCUCCGUCUACAAGUGAAAGUGGACUUUCAAGAGGAGAUGAACAAAAGGGGUGAACCUAGUAAGAGUCCAGAAUCUGGUGAGGGUACAGAAAGUGAACCAGAAACAUCACCAGAACCAGAAGCAACAGCUCCACCUCGGAUACUGCAGCGAGGUGAACCAGUUUCAGCACACCAGGCAAGGCAUGCUCCUCCAAUGGCAGGGGCCGGUCAACCUAAAGGACAGAGAGAAUCAGUGAAGGCACCUCCUCAGACACUACCCACUAAGCCUCCAGUUCCAAUGAGUGCUCGGCCAUCUGAGCCAGAAUUGGAUAUGUCAACUGAUGGAAAUGUUCCAAGCUUCCGUAUGGUGGAAAGGGCUGGUCGAAUUGCUCUGCUGCCAAGGAACAUGCCGCAGAGUGCGCUUAGCCAAGUGGAAGAUUACGAUUCAGAUGAAGAUGAAGCACAUGGAUCACCAGAGGAGAAGACAGAAGAUGAUUACCUGGAAAAGACAGUUACAGAACCUGAAAAAUUCAGGGUCUGCACCUUCAGAUAUGAUAUGAAGGGCGCAACACUUGCGAUUCCUCAUGAACGUGAAGCAUCAGAAGUCGUAUCCAUUACCAGCAAGAAACGUAGAGGACAAGCAUUGGACAAUGAUGAGGUUGUGGUAGAGAUCAUAGAGAACAGGGAAGGCACAGAAGAAUUAGAAGGAGUUGAUGAGCUUGUGAAGGUGGAAGAAGAUGAGAGAAUCUAUGGGAAGGUUGUUCACAUUCUGAAGAGAGAUUCUGAUCCAUAUCUACGCAAACUUGUGUGUACCCUUGACCCCUUCAGCAACAACUUGAUGGUGCCUGUGGACCGUACAUUCCCAAAGCUCUUCAUCACAAAGACCGAAGACAAAGCUGAAGAGUCAAGAGACAAGAAUGUGACAAAAGUCACAAUCCACACCAUCUCUCGUGUAGCUGCUAAGACACAGGGAUACUACACGCAUAAUAGAGACGUGUAUGUCACGAACAAGGAACGUCCUCAUAAGCUUUUUGUUGUUCGUUUCUGGAAGUGGUACCCCAAGACUCCCUACCCACUGGGAGUAGUCAUUGAAGAACUAGAGCCAGGCAUCGAACCUAGGCAAGGACUGCACAUCCUCAAGCUAAUUCACAAUGUGAAAGAUAAGUUCAAGGACUCUGUUAAUGCUUACCUCAGAGAGAACUUUCCUGCAGGGUGGGCCAUUCCUAAGGCUGACCUGGAGAAAAGAGUAGAUCUCAGAAACAUGAAGAUCUUCACUAUCGACCCUCCUGGUUCAGAAGAUCUGGAUGACGCAGUCAGCGUGGAGCCAAUCGACGGAGAUCGCUUUAGGGUGGGAAUCCACAUAGCUGAUGUCUCCUACUUUGUUCCCAAAGGGAGUGACCUCGAUGAAGAAGCAAGGAUUCGUUCAACAUCUUUCUAUCCGUCCUUCCAUGAGAAACCCAUCCACAUGCUCCCCAGGAAGCUAAGCACUGACCUCUGCAGUCUCCUUCCUAAUCAGGACAGGUUGGCUUUGUCCUUGUUGGUGGUGGUCAACUCUAACGGAAUACUCGCUGAAGCACCAAACAUGCACCGUACAAUCAUUCGUUCCUGCCAUAAGCUCUCCUACCAUCAGGCAGAAGAGAUCAUCCAUGGAGAAUGUCCCGAUGGAUUAGAGGAUGUUGCUGAAUCCAUCCGCUGCCUGCACAAUCUGGCAAGCAAGAAACGAGCUCGUCGUCUAGGAGAUAAGAAAUUUGUCUACAAUGCAGAGGAUGAUGAUGGAGAGGUGCAAGAUCCACUUGCUCACAGCUUGAUUGAAGAGAUGAUGGUUCUUGCCAACGAAACUGUUGGAGACCAUCUUCUGUUGAAGUAUGCAGAUAGUACUCCCCUCAGGAGGCAACUAGCACCACCCCUAGACAAAGUGGAGGAAUGGAGGAAGACACACAAGGAUGGUGUCCGCAACAGUAUCUUGCUGACUGCUACAGUGAAUCAGGAUCAGGAAGAAGAUGUCGACCAGGAUGAUGAAGACGGCCCAGUGCUUCCUUUGACCAAACCAGUCUGGGAGGAAAUUGUUCAGGCCUCCAGUGAAAACACCCAGAAGGCAGUGGAUAAAGUCAUCAACAUGGUAUGCAUGGAUCCAAACCAUCCUCUUCAAGCCGUAGCCUUGUCUCAGUUUCAUCGGAUUAUGGAGCGUUCAGAGUAUGUGAACUCAGGAGACCAGCCAGGACCUGAACAAAAGGCACACUUCUCAUUGAAGCUCAAAGCAUAUGUCCAUUUCACAUCUCCCAUCCGCAGGUUCAUCGAUCUUGUUGUUCACCGGAUGCUGAUUGCUAGCUUGGAAGGUCUACCAUGUCCCUAUGAAGCAAGAGAGCUGGCCAACAUAACCCACAAUUGUUCUAGCCGAGCUGUGCAUUCCCAGCGCUUCUCAAAGGAAAGCAAGUCUCUCCAGCUGGCUCUGAAGUUGAAGGAAGCUCCUCUGCAACUGCUUACAUUUGUGGAAAGUAUCUCAGACUCUGGUUUGAAGUUUCUCUUUCCACAUAGGCCAUACAUUCUCCCAACACAGUGCAAGCUGGGCUUCAAUAUCCUUAAGCCCUCAAGGAGACCAGAGACUACUGCUGCGUCUGAAUCUGUUGACCUAGCAUGGAAGACGAGAAUCUAUGACAUAAACCUAGAAGGAAAACAGAGGCAUGGACACAGAAGGAAUGCCAUAGAACUGGACAACGGGCGCCACAUUGUGAAUAUCCCAGAGGACAACUGGGAAGACAUCCGCAACAGUGUGAAAACUGGAAAUUACGAGUCCAUCAAGAGAGCCAUUGAGUCAGCCAUCAAUUCUGGAGGGCAGGAGCUUUGUCAGCACAUGGAUCCAAUGAGGCGGUUUAACGAGAAGUCCUCAAUUGAGGUGACGUGUGAGUAUGUGGACAUGACGGGAAAGCAGCAGUCAUUCAUUGAAUUCUGCCGCUCUUUCAAGAAAGGUGAUGUCAACCAAGUCCAGUUGCAUGCUCGUCUCUUUAAAGGGGUCCUGACUCCCUAUAUCCAGCUCUUCAACAUGACACCACAUCUGGAUGUGUGUGCAGAGCACCGUGAUCAGCCUGUGCUUUGCUUUUCAGACGUCGCCACCAAGAUUCCGGGGAAGGAGAAGUCCAUUGCUGCUUACAAGAAAUCCUGGCUCCCCAUCCUGUCAAUGAUCAGUGCUCAUAGUGCUGUCAACUCUGAUGACACCAUCACCAUCCACAAUGUAGUGAUCAACUGGCAGAAAUUGGAAGGCAACAAGUACCAGGGUUAUUUCAAUCUUCCCCUUCCCUUUCUUGAGCAACGCUUCAUUCGCAUCAACAAGCGACCAGAGAACAAGGACAAGAGUAAGGAAGACGAUGAGGACUACGAGCUAGACUUCAUCUGCGUCCGCUACAGGAAUCUCAGAGUCCAUAGCCGAAAGCUGCUUAAGAUACGUGACUUGGACAGUAGUUCAAAGCACCAAGAGACGAUAGGACCUUACAAUCGCCUGGCAUGGACUGAACAGACCUUUGUAGCCCAUGGGUACACCACAGACGUCCAGACUGACAAGAGGGCCCAGCUGAGGACCAUCACUUUCCAGCUCCACACCACCUCCCUACCGUUCCCAGAGGAUGCACUGCUCUACCAACAUGAAGGAAAGCAGAUGUCCUGCACCAUUGAAAUCAUCCCCAAGCCAAUUCCAGACUUGCGUGCAGAAAAUGCUGUGAGGAAGCUACAAGACACAACCCCUCUGAUCCGUAAUAUCUGCCUCCACAAACCAUGCAAAGCUGAUGAUGGAGUCUUCAACUCAAAUGAGAUCACAAAGAUCGCGCUGAAGGAAGGUGGGAAGGUGAAAGACCUCCAUGUACAGGAGACGGAACUACACCCCCUCAAUAAACCCCAGUCAGAAGCAGUCAAGAUGGCCCUCACGAACACCUUCUCUCUCAUCCAAGGUCCACCAGGAACCGGUAAGACAGUGACGGGUGCGUAUUUGGCUUACUUCUUCACCCAAGUCAACGUGAAUGUACCAGCAAUGGGUAAAGGUAGAGCUCAGGUGCUCUACUGUGGACCUUCCAACAAGGCCGUUGAUGUUAUUUCUAGUUACUUGAAGAAGUUGGAUAUCUCUAUCGUACGAGUCUACAGUGAUUCAAUGGUCGAAAAGGUCUACCCCAUUCCAGGCAUGCCUAGCUCUCAUUCUAAGUGGCAGCGCGCCAACCAGGCUCGCAUCGACGAUCGGCUGGACGAUGUCUCCCUUCAUAAGUUGAUCCGCAAACCUGGAGCCCCGUACGCAGAAGAGAUCCGAGCAAUGGAGCUCAACUUUGGGCGUAUCUCAUCUGCAAGCGUGACAGAAGUUAGAGCAUACAAAGAGCUCCUACUUGAGGCAGAGGGUGUGGAACUUGGGAAGCAUUCCAUCGUUCUGUGCACGUGUAGCAUAGCUGGAACGGCUCGCAUCACAAAGCACGCCAACAUCAUCCAGUGUAUUGUGGAUGAGGCUGGCAUGUGUAACGAGCCUGAGACACUCAUUCCCCUCACCAGCACUCUCCCUCAUCAGGUAGUCCUCAUUGGAGAUCACAAACAACUCAGGCCAAUCAUCACAGAACCGAAUGCACGGGAUCUAGGCAUGGAGGAGUCACUCCUUGAGAAAUACAAAAAAAAAGCUCGCAUGCUCACCAUCCAGUAUCGUAUGCACGAGUCGAUCUGUUCCUUCCCGUCGGAGACCUUCUACGAAGACAAACUGCAAACUGACUUGUCGGUCAAGCGCCGCAGCCCUGACCCCCUAAGAGCAAUCUGGCCAAACAAGGGUCUAACCCCGAUGGUCUUCUGUCAUGUUUACGGCAAGGAAGAAACGCUAACGGUCAAGUCCGACGAAGGAAACGAGAUGUCCAAGGCCAACAUGGCUGAAAUCAUGCACGCUACAAGAAUAGUCAAGCAGCUGCUACGGAAAGGAGCUCAAGCCAGUGACAUUGUGGUUCUGUCCCAGUACAAGCUACAGUGCUCACAGAUCGAGGAGAGGUUAAAGGACUUAGGUCACAAAGGGGUCAAGGUCAGCACGGUCGUCACUAGUCAGGGAAGUGAAUGGAACUACGUGGUCAUGUCAACUGUGCGUUCCAUGCCUCAGAUCGAGAUUGAUGAUAAACCAAGCAGGGGAUGGCAACGCAAGCAUCUGGGAUUCAUCACUGACGAGAACCAGAUGAAUGUUGCCCUGACUCGAGCCAAGCGAGGGCUAAUCAUCAUCGGCAAUCAACACCUCCUGGAAACUCAUCCAAGAUGGAGGGAACUACUCAAGAAGUAUCGGGACCUGGGCUGUGUCAUGGAGGCCCGACAGUUCCCACCUUAUGGUUACUAAUUGAUUGGGAUAAACUGAAAUAUAACUAGUCAGUCUUCUUGUCUUAAGGUUCUGACAAAUAUUUGGGAUGUAAUAGAAAUAAUCAUGGAUUAGAAAUGUAGUAUCACAAUGUGCUCUAUUUUAUUCUUAUAAUGUUUACUUUAAAGAGAAGCAACUCCAAAGCAUUAAAAUCUUGAUUUUGUAACAUCUAUUUGUAAGUUUAUAUUUAUGUUUGUUUUAAAAGCUUUUGUUAUGAACAUUAUUUAUUUUUCAUUCUGAUAUCAUGUACAUGUACUUCCAUUCUUGUCAUUACAAUCAGUUAGAUUUAAGUUGAAUUAAAAAGUGUAAUUGAAGAAUUUGAUGAGGUAAGUUUACAUGUACACAUAGAACCUUUAUCUGUAAAUAUGUACAUGUACAUUGUAGGACAAGACUGAGUUAACGCUCUCCUGGUACUUUAAAGACAAUACAUUUCCAAGGUCACUUUGCCAUAGUACAAAGUGUGACGGAGGCAAAAUAUGUUUGUGGAAAGGAUGGAUGCAUGUUCAUAUAUUUGUAUCAAUAUACAUGUAUUGUGGACAGUGUUGGCGAUACAAAAUUUAUUGUGCAACAAAUGAUACACUAGAUGCUUGCAUGGUCACGCAGUGCAACCGCAAGCCUACUGUAAAUUAUACACUGUUGGUUCAUUUUUACUUCCAUGCUUAUUUUUUUUCCCUACAGAAUCUUUAUGAUUAAAAGUGUAUGUAUAUUAAGUAUGUGUGUGUUUAGGUUGGUAUAGCAAAGAGUUUUGAGUGCGUGUAACUUUUUUUCCGUUAGCUUUGGAAGUGGACGGGAAAGUUUAUAGAAGAUAUUUGAGGUAUCAAGAUAUCUUUCAUUUUUGUAUUUUGUGUACUAAAUAAAUUAUUUUUGUAUCAUUUACACACCAAGUAGGAAGUAUUGCAUUGAAGCAAUCAGUGCCAUAAAUAAUGAGUGCAUACGACAGGUGAAUCUCUAAUAUAUAGGGGUCUACUUUUGUGGGUUUGCAUGCAUACUUAAACAAAAAUAGCUUUCUACUGAAAUAAUGACAUCAACAUUCCAUGUAAACAUGAAGAGUGCACUAUGCUCUAAAAAACAAAACAAUCAAAGGUCGAGUUGAGUUCUGGUAAUGAAAAAAAUGUACUGAAACAAAAGUAGAGGGAUGUUGCAUUCUUUUAUUUUCCUAUAUCAAUAAAUCCAAGAAUGUGCAAAAUAUAUUUUGCAUUAUACUUAUGCCCAGAUAGAGGGUGGAUUUGAGCAAAGAAGUGAUAGUUUGAUUCUUGUAAUCGGUUGCUCAAAAUUAGUGCUGGCGUAGCCGAACCUCUCGGUUAUCAACAAUACCAGACUGUAAUUUGAAGAAAUGUUUAUUAAUCAGAUCUCAACUUAUCAAAAGCAAAUGGGAUAGUGGUCUCUUUGCAGGUUUCCAAACAUUUUCAUUCCAGCUAGAGAAAAGAUCAGAGCAAAUUCUUGUAAUUUCUUUGUUUAGAAGGCUGAAUAUGUUGGGUUGCAAGAUAAUUUAUUGACUUUACAGUGUGUAAUCUACAUAGUAAUAAAUGUUUGUAUUGUUAAGCAUUUAAUUCUGUGUGACUUUGGUUGGUUUUGUUUGGUAUUCAUAUGUUUAACAUGAAAAGGAAAAAAUGUACCAAUUAUGUUUUUGUAGUGCUUAAACCUUGGAUAUAUGAAGCGGCUUAGUAGUGUAUGUUGCUCAAUAUUACUGCAGUAGUUACUUGUCUGCGAUUUAUUUCACUUAAUUUUGAAAGAGAUUUCUUGUCAAUAUAGAAGCAUAAUGUAAAGACUUGUGUCACACAUGAUAAAUCAGACUUAAUCGGAACCAUGAUAAACCCUGAAACUGGAAUGUAUGUUGAUCAAAUACAUGAAGUUUCAUAGUAGAAGUACAUCUGCAUUAUUCGGGCAGAUAUUUCAAAUAGUUUGACAUACAAAAUUGCAAAGGAAAUAAUCUUAUACACAAAUGACACCUAAAUGAUUUGUUUAUUUCUGAACUCGAAUGAGGGCCUUGGAAAAAGAGUAAAUACCUGCAAGUACUCUCCUUAUUUAUAAUGAUGUACUUUUCCCUUUUGUAAGUUAAUUUAUAUUUCUUAUUUUCAUAAUAGGUCAUAACAUAUAUCAAGAAAAAGAGACAAAGAGGCCUUAGUAAUUGCCAUGUUAAACAUUGUUGCAGCUGAUUGAAGUGCGAUUAUCCCUUUUUGUUAUCAUUUUGUUAUUGCGGUACAUAAUAUUUAUCGUUAUACAUGUAGACUUUAGUUACUUGAAUGUUUUGUAGAUAAGCCAAGACUCUUUGAUUUUGUACUUUUUUGCAUAAUUAUUCUGUAGAUAAUAUUGAUUCAUUUUUGUCUGCAUAUAAACCUAUUAAUUUCAUGUAAUAUAUGUAGUUUCAUAUUUCUUAACUUGUAGAUUUAAUAUGUUCUAUACAUGUACUUGCUCGUUGUCACAUCAAAUGUGGAAUAUUUUGUUUAUACAUACCAUUACUAUUUAUAGUUUUGCAUACAAAAUAGCCAGGCUAUUCUAUAUUGAAGUUAAGCAGUCACAAAUAUUAAUAUUAAGGUAAAUGUUAGUUAUGAUUGUUGUAUACAGUGUAAAUUUAGGUUUAAAUAGUGGAAAGACAAAUUGAUGCUAUGUAAUGUUAACCAGUAUUCAGUUUAUUGUAGCAGUUAAAUAACAUGAUAUGGCUUCUUGCAUCUGUUUAAAUACACUGACUUUUUCCUGUAGAAAUACAGAAGGGGUUUAACUUAAGUGAUAUGGUUUAAUGCACUUCUGGAUCUCAGCAGACGAUUUAUCUUUAUCAAGUAAAAUUUAUAUUAUGCUAGCAUCUUGUAUGUUGUACAGUUACUGCAAAACCUGUAUAUAAAGACCUCCUAAGGGAGACAAAAAGAGCAGUAUUUACAGGCAGAUGACCUUUACCUGUAUGCACAGGUUACUUUAAUGAAUACGUUUCAAUGAGAACCAUUAUUCAAGGGAAAGAGAAGAUGCAGUCUUUAUAGACAGGUUAUAUUAUUUAACAGAUUAUUGAUACAGGUGGUUGCCAAAGCAUGUUUCGCUGUAUAUGGAUGUGCUCAUGUAGUAAUUGUCAAAUCUAAGACAAAGAUUUUUAAGAUGUUUAAUUCUGUAUCACUUAUCCUAGAUCUACAUGUUUAAUAUAGGUUUAGUGUUGCACAUUGAUUUUGACCUUAGUCUGCUCCCUAAUUAUCCCUCUCUUUGAAUGAUCCUCAUUUCUACUGGGCCAGAAGGGAUUAGACCACACAGCGAGGUCACUGACAGGUGGCUAUCUCAUUAACUCAGCUCUCAACUUACAUAAGAAAAAGAGGAUCAUGGGGGACAAACAGGCACCGAUUGGGGAAGUUUUCUAUACAGAGGGAGCAAGUAGCUACAAGUAGAACAGUGGGGCUUUAAGCCAUGUUUUUCUUUUCUUUGAUACCAUUCUUUCACUCUCUGUAUAUCUCUUUUCUUUCUCUUUCCUCAAUUUUCUUUUGAUAUAUGAACACAAGGUCAUUCAUGGCCAAAUCAAUGAAUUACUAUGUUAUAACCCAGAGCUGAGUGGCUAUGCACAUUUCCUUUGUUGCACACAGUUGUCAUUCAUUUACACGUUAACAAAAUUGCAGUGGCUUUUUUUAAAUGUGGCAGUGUAAAAAGUUAUAUCUCAACAAGUCUUUAAGUUUUUCUUAUUAAAGUUUGUAAUAUACUUCAAGUUAACAUGCAGUUCUGUAGAUGAAAAAGAUUAAUGCUUUUAUUCAACAUAAAGUAGCUUGUAAAUGUAUGCUGUAAUUACAUAAAAUGCAAAGACCAUUAGAAAAUAUCACAUUAAAUGGUAACCUUUUAAAGAAAGUUAAUAACACUUUAUAUGUAAUAUGUGUAGGUAAUUAUUAAUGUAAAGGUCAUAUGUGGCAUGAAGCAAGCUUUCUCAAUAUAUGCUUGUUUCAUAGACUUAUUUUAAUACAUUGAGAAUCGGAGAUGAACCUAGUGUUUAUCAAUGCAGCAGCUUUUUGUAGUAAGAUUAAGUCAGAUGUUAUGAUUAAGUUGACAAAAUUGUUGUUGUGUAAUUAAGAAUAAAUAUGUUGAAGGGAUAUCAUUUUAA